GUAUUAUUAGGUAUCCUGUCAUUCUUCUCGUUUUUCUUUUCUCGUCUUUUUGAUUGUUUGAAGAUUUAGCUGUUUGAGGAUUCAAUUAGGUAUCAUAUCAAUUUACUCUUUAGAUUCAAUUGUUUGAUUUUCUUAUUCAUCGAUUGAAGACACGUAGUGAGUUUGUUUGAAUCAAGGAAGUUUUUAGAGCCGAUUUGGACAGGGUUUGUUUUUGUUUGAUAACGGUGGUUCUGCGCAAACUAGUGUUAAGGUUUGUCGAAUAGAUUGGCAGUUGUGUGAAAUUGAUAUUGAAUUCUUGGUGGGUUUUGUUGUUUGAUUGCAAGGGAGAGGUUUAAUUAAUCUAAUUCUUAAUCCUUGUUGGUGAUUUGGGAUUAUUAAGGUUUUGAAGUUUAGGUUCAAAACUAUUGAUUAGAAGCUGGGGUUUGUUUUUACUGGCGCUAAUUCAAAUUAAGUGGAUCAAUCUUCAAAGUACAGUUUUGCAGAAUUGGAAGGGGGUUGCUGCUUGUUGUUUGAUGGUGUCUUUUUCUGUGUGUGAUUGAACAGUGGUUUAGUGUUUCUCUGUAUGUGUGUGUUUGGAUGUAGCAGGAGGUAAAUUCAAGAGUUUUGUUUUUCUCCAAUUCAGUGUGUGUAGAAGCAGUAGCAGGGGGUUUUGUUUUUCAUAGAGAAGAGCAGUGCUUUGAGUUUGACGAUUGUUAUUGGGGUUUUUCUUUUGUGUUUUGAGUAAUUAGCCUGUUUCUUCUUGGUUUUUCAAUUAGUGAUUUAAGGAAUGGUAUUUUAAGUUUUCAACUGAGGUUGUUUUCCUUUUUUUUGAAUUCUUAUUGUCCCAUUCUUUGAUUCCUAAUUAUAGGAUUUUGUAGUUAUGCCACGAACUCGCUCAUGUUCUUCAUCUUCAACCGCAAUCCCUGUUGCGCCUCCAAUUAGGCGAAGAACAAGAGCAUCAUCACAAAGUUCUUCAUCUUCAUCAUCUAGGUUGUAUAAUAUUGCUUGUGAGGAACUUAUACAAGUUGCUUCUUCUACUUCUUCCUCUGCAGUGGACGAUACCGUUCCUGCAAGUCAAGAUGAAUAUUUUUAUGGACAACAUAAAUGCGCAGCUGAUGAUGACUCUUCAUGCCAUUGUCCGUAUAAAAAUUUCGAUAAUUGUCAUAAUGGUGUUUGUGAUGGUGGGUAUGCUAAAAGUUCGAUCUUCAGACACAUCAAGGAUAUGUAUUUUCAUGGCACUACAGAUAUAGUCGUUUGCAUGGAAAUGAUACGUACAGAGGUUGGGUUCAUUUGGCUUGGAAGAAGCUUCUCAGGAAGCUACAUAUGUGGAUGUGUUUUCCUUGUAGGAAAUGGUUUUCAUGGAGGAGGCCAUGCCGUGACCAUCCAGGUGGAGUAUUACCAGGUCCUUUCAAUGGAAGAAGUGCAGAUUUCUUGAUCUAUGGCGUACAUAAGCCGAUUCAACACCUCCCAGUUGAUAUCCCACCAACUAUGCCCACAAGAGGUGAUGAUGAUUCUGAGGGUCUUAAUUUAGGUAUGCUCAAUCUAAUUUUUCAGAAACAAAUAACCACUAUCUCUAGCAUUCCACCACAAUGUCGCUUACAUUUUUCAAGAACCUUAAAAUCUACCCUUGAUAAAGUGGUGUCUAAGCCCAGAAACAUAUCUUCAUGGGUUCAACUGAUCCUUCUACCCAUUUGCACCCUAAAUCUGUACAUACCAAAAAGCUCACGGGAAGAGAGAUCUGGCAACAGAAAGCGACUACAAACUGCAGCCAUUAAUUAAGCCUUGGUUACUUGGAAUGAGCCAAAUGGAUGUAACAUUUCACUACAACAUCUAUUGGAGGUUCACAAGGAGUAUCAACUUAACAGGCAACAUCAUGAUAAAACAAAACCAAAAACUAAUGUGAAGCUUGUAGGAAGAAACUUAGCUACGGGCACUAUUCAGCGGCUAUCAUAAUUUUUUCUUCCACUGGCGUUGCACCUUUUAAUGAAGAUACUUUACACGAGUUGCAACAGAAACACCCAUAUGCUCCUCCUCCUUCAAUACCCUCUGAAAACAUAGUGUCUGCACCAAUUUCUGUUGACUGCAAUUAAAGGCUUCCCAAAAGGCACUUCUUGUGGAAGAGAUGGCCUUAUAUCCCAACAUAUGCUGGAUGCCUUAAGUGGACCUGCUGCUGCUGUGUCUGAAGAAUUAUUAUCAGCCAUCGCGGGCGUAGUUAACUUGUGGUUAUCUGGUCAGUGUCCUGCAGUCUUAGGGGAAUACAUAAAAAGUGCUCCUCUUACACCGUUACUCAAGCCUGAUGGUGGCUUGAGACUUAUAGCUGUAGGGACCAUAUGAAGACGACUGUGUUAAAAACUAGAUGUCAGUAUUGUAUGUACGGAAAUGACCAGUUACUUGGGUGACCACCAAUUUGGAGUAGGCAUUCCGUGUGGAGGUGAAAGUAUACUGCAUUCUGCCAACCGAUUGCUUGAGUUGAAAGUUUCCUCAAUCGAUGUCAUUAGUGACAUCGAAGUAUUUAUACCCAGGAUACGUAUAUUCGUGAUCUAAAAUAAACCCUGGAAAUCAAAUGAGCGGGAUUUAUGAAAAUUGAAGCACCUUGAGCUAAUUAGCUAUAGUUAAAGCCCCAAAUCAGAUUGAAGAAAAUGGAUGAUGAAGUUGAAAGAGUUGGUAAUCUACCAGAAGCUCUUAUUCAUCAUGUUCUUUCUUUCCUCGACAUGAAAUUUGUUGUUCAAACAAGCAUUUUGUCUAGAAGAUGGAGGUAUGUAUGGACCACUGUCUCUACUCUUGUCUUCAGUGUCAAUGAGUUUGCAAGUCCUGGAACUGUACUACACUCUGUACAGAUGAAUAAGUUUACAAGAUUUAUAGACAAGGUACUCUUACUUAGAGGCAUAUCUGACAUAAAGAAGUUUCAUCUUCAUUGGGUAGACAACUUGUUCGAUACAUAUACAGUAAGAGAACUUCUGAAAGACCAUCUAAAUACAUGGAUACUUGUUUCUUUAAGUCGUAAUGUUCAAGAAUUACUGAUACAGAUUGACACUGCUGCUAAUUAUCAUUACCUGGAAAUUAGGUUUCCACAUUGCCUCUUCAAUUCUCAGUCGUUAAGGAAGUUGGUGUUAGAUUUGACUGGUGAGGUAGAAUCAUGUGUUCUUCUUCCUAAGUUGAUGGAUUUACCUAGCCUCAAAUAUUUGUCGCUUAGUUCAUUUUAUAUUCAAGAUGUUAAUUCGAUUAAUAAGCUUAUCUCAAGCUGUCCAGUUCUUGAAUCGCUGGUCUUGAGAGAGGUUUGGAUAGAAAACAGCGAUGACAUGAGUAUCAGUAUUGAGUCUCAUGAACUGAAACACUUAGAAAUUGUCAGUGAGAGUGAAUUACGUGAGCCCGAGUAUCAAACGGCCAAAACUAUCAGGUUAUCUACUCCAAAGCUUAUAUCGUUUGUUUGUAGUGCUUACGUGGUGCAAGAAUACUGUCUAGAGAACCUCUCUUCUCUAGUCACUGCUACUAUCCAAAUGACUCUAGAAGGCAGCUUGCACUUAGAGGGAGUUGAUUUGGAGCUUUCUGUGAAAGAGAAAAAUAAAGCGUAUCCUAAGCGUAUGAGGGAAUUUUUGAGAGGACUUCAUAAUGUGAAAGAACUAACAGUUCCAUCGCCCGAUUUGGUUCAGGUAUGGUUGCUUCCACCAUGCAUUGGUUACAAUUUUUUUCUCAUGUUUUCUGCCAGCCUUAUAAAAGUGACAGUGAUUGGACCCGUCUAAACAUAACCGUCACAUUCAAAUACUGCUACCAAUGACAAUCUAUUGUAUCUUUUGAUUUUUGACCAGAUCGAAUAAUGGUAAUAUGUAAUCUGCUCGUUAUGUAUGUAAGUUGCAGUUGAGCUGAACUGCAGGUGAUGAAUUACUAUGAUAGUUUGAGCAGUGUCGUAUAUGCAACUGAAGUUGGUGGUCUGAGCUGAGGGUUCAUGGAGGUUGUUGUUACUGUGGUUAUGAGAAUGGAAUUAGUUUGCUGGAUUGGUUGUGUUGCAGUUGCAGUUGCAGUUGGCAGCUAAAUGGGUAUGAAGCGGCUGCAGUGCAGACGAAGAACAAAUGGUUUCCAGUGAUUUCAAGCUGCAAAUGGAAGUGAAAGAAGCAGCUGUUGAAGCUACAGAAAGGAGAGAAUGAUGCUGAUGCAGUUGAGAUGUUGCUGUAGGAGUCAGUGUAAUGGGGAUUUAAUCUGAAAUUUGAAUUCAAGGAUAAGAAAAUGUAGAGAUUUGCAUGAAGUGAAGUGUGGAUGUGAAGUUGAGCUACAGAUGGUGCAACAUACAGGGCCAUCAUGGCUGGACUGUACUGCUGAAGCACAAUGAUUGUGCAACAGAGCUUAGGCCAGUGCAGUGGCCUUGGCCAAUACCAACUCAGCCAACCAGAUGAGUUAGCUGGUCUGACUCAUACAUGACUCAGUGUAACUCGGUCUGACCUUGACCGGCAAAUAUUUUUUGGGUCAGAGUUUUCUUUUGGGCUACCUUCACACGUGAAUUAUAUGGGCUUGAUGGAUAUAUUGGACUUGGAUUUUUGAGGAUAUGAUCUAGUUUUGGAGAGAUAAAAAGCUACAAAAAGGAAAGUUUUUGACUUUCUUAUCACGUAUUUUUUACUUGGAGUUUUGGAGAGCGGCGACUAGGGUUUGCUUUCAUUUAUUUUUCAUCUUCUUUAUUUCAUUUUUGAUUAUGAUUAUGAUGAACUCAUUUUGGACUUUCAUUUAUUUUUCAUCUUCUUCAUUUCAUUUUCUAAUUGGAUUGAUUAUUUUUCGACUAGAGUAGCUAAACUCAUAUUAUUGGUUAUGGAAUAAAGUUGAU